AUGAAGUUCUCCACCAUCUUUGCUGUUGCCUCGGCCAUCGCCAUCAACACCGUCACCGCUGCACCAGCUCCAGUCGCUGAAGCCAUCGCGAACCCUGUUAAAGAUUUGGAAGAGAGAGCCAACAACGGAGCCAAUUGCAAGUACAGCGCAUACUGGACUCACAACGAGUUCAAGGUUAUUACCUGGGGACCAUGGGCCCAAGAUGGCAGCUAUGGCCGAGGUCUUUUGGAUAACCUCCGUGGUCAAUGCGGUGUUAUCACCAAUUGGGAGUACCGCCAUCGCUCCGAUGGUGCCGGAAUCGCCACCUUCAAAACCAUCACUAUCAAUUCGCCAAAGUGCGCUAAGGAUGCUAUCUGGUUGGCUAGCGGCCCAACCAACGUUGUGCUGACCUGCACACUUAAUUAA